GAAAAACAGGAAGAAAAACUAAGGUCUGCAAAAGGAAAAAAUCGACGUAUUGGUGCAGGAAGAAAAGCACAAUAUCCUGAAGCUGAAGUUAGUUUAAAAAUAUGGCUUAUAGAAUUUCAAAAAGAUGGCAUUGCGUUUGCUCAUAUUUAUCCAAACUGUGAAAAUUUUCUUGUCUCAGAACGUUGGUUUUAUGGUUUUCUUAAAAGGAGUGGAUAUUCUUUACAGCGUCAAUUUUCUUAUACUAAAGGUGGAAAUUUAAAAAAACCUGAAUAUGGUAUUAUUUGUAAAUGGAUUCUUGAAGUUUGGGCAGAAAUUCCAAAAGAAAUGAUUGUAAAAUCAUUUAAAAAGUGUGGUAUUAGUAAUGCAAUGGAUGGUUCAGAAGAUGAUUUAUUUGGACAAAAUGAAAAAGAAGAGGAUAUAAAUGAAGAUGAAAGAGAAAUUGUAGAUAGAAAUAGUGAUUCAGCUGAUGAAUUGGAAGAUGAAGAAUCAGAAUAA